AUCAAUCAGUCGAGUCGAGAAUUGUUCCGCCAUUGCUCCACUCCACCCUUAUCGGAAGCAGCAACCUGCAAACUCGUCUAGCUAGGCGUUUGUGUUUGUCAAGCUUUCACAGUCUAGACGCACGGGACAAGAGACACGUGAAGAGACGAGGCAAGGAAUAGGCAGGCAGUUCGGUGAGCAGAGGAAGAACAAGUCAGUCAGACGAAGCUCCGAGAAGCUAGAGCCCGCUAAUGCCAGGAUCGCGUAUUUCUCGCUCUAAUUGCAUUAGAUUAUGUCUGUUACCUCUGACACUAGUCGCGUGACGGCCUGAUAUCGUCGACCUCGGCUCCUUAUUUUUGUGGAGAUUGCCAGCUGAAGCUAUCAGGUUCUCUCUAUUCUGCGAGAAACAAGCUCGUGGAGCUGCACGCUUUGUACCCAGUUAUCCUCUCUUCCCGAAACUCCUCUCUUCCUGGGCUCUAAGCUUGGUAUACUCGCCAAUCCACCACCACUGAUUCACUUCACCCUCGACCAAUCUUAUUCAUCCGACCAAUCAUGAACAUUCCCAAGAUGCCUCGAGCCGCCAGCGACCUCCUAAGCGGCUCGUACUUCGGCAGCCGAAGCGCGCGGGAAAGCCUUCCGACACUCAGCAACCAAACCAGCAACCUAUCAGAACGAAGCCUAUCGGCGCGCAGUGAGCCCGCGCUGAGCAGCGGCGGAGAGAUGGCGGAACUCGAGCACCAGACCUCAGCGGGGGGUAAGGCGCAAGCGGGGGAGGCGCAGGGCGGAAAAUCGGCGCAGCAGAAGCAGCAGUGGGGGGCGUGGCACGCGCAGGUGCAGCAGCUGUGGGGGAGCAGUAGCCAGCUGCUCGCGCGCUACACGAGCGGCGGGAAAGUGGCGUCGAUUCAGGAGAACUGCGCCAUGCAGAGCGCGUGGAACCCCAUGGGCGCGCGGGAAGGAGAAUCGGACCGACCAAACCAUGUCGUGAUCUACAUCUGCGAAUCAUAACCGUUGGUUUUUAGAGAAUGCAUGGCGAGUGGCAGCUCAGCGUGAUUGGGAUUAGUCUUAUGUGUGAGGGUAACGUGCGAUCAAGGUGUGCGGCUGACAGUGUAGGUUCUCUAAGCAACUUCCCCUGUGACUCUGUUGCAGCUAGCAGCCUGGCAAGCAAGCACCCCUGGUGUCUUGUCGCUUGCCUGUCAGUUUCGUUGGGAAGCAGAAACGGCAUUCUCAGCGCUGUCAAGGCCCCCCAUCCAUCCCUUCAUUCCCAACGUUUGUAGAUUCUCCCUUUUUUAUCUCGUUAUGUCUCUUUCUGGCACCUAGAUUCUGAUUCUGCACUAUGUUAUGAUCCUGCUGAUUCUCACUCCGACUGCUUAGAUUGUACUUCGAUUUGCUAGUUCGUUGCUCUCCUCGCGGCACAGUAC